CUCGACGUGUACCAUGUCGCUGGUUGUUGAUGAAGCGGGGGAGUAGCAAUGGACGUCGUGUUGUAUGCAGUCGCUGCUGCAAUCCUUCUCCUGCUGAUCGUGUUUGCUGUGAAAGCACGAGGGCAAGCGGAGCAAGCUGACCGGGAGCACAGGCAGGAUGUGGUGGCUCGAGCAGCAGUGCGCCCCCAGGUGGCAGGGGAGCGCGCUGCGGGCAUGCCCCGCCGGCGCAGGAUGAUGGCAAGACGCACCCAGAGGGACGAUUCUGACAACGAGGACAGCAAUGUGGAGGAAGACAACGAGGACGCGGACCCACAGUUCCAGUCUGCAGGGAAAAUUGGGGCUAAGAAACAGAGGAAACUGGAUGAGAAGCAGGCCAGGAAGGCCCAGAGAGAGGCGGAGCUGGAGGAACGAGAGGAGAGGAAGAGGACUCAGGAGCUGAGAGAGCAGGAGAAACGGAAGGAGGAGGAGAGAGAGAGGCAGCAGGAGCAGAGACAGGAGGAAGAGAGUCGUCGGGCAAAGGAGGAGCAGGAGAGAAGGGAGGAAGAGGAGUACCAGCGGCUGAAGGAGUCUUUCGUCAUUGAGGAGCAGGGUGUCGCCGAUGAGCUAACAGAACAGGAGUCUCGCAGUCUGCUGCAGGAAUUCAUUCAGUACGUUAAGGACUCCAAGGUGGUUCUUUUGGAGGACUUGGCCUCCCACUUUGGAAUGCGCACCCAGGAUGCUAUCUCCAGACUGCAGGACCUGAUGACAGACGGCUCCCUCACAGGUGUGAUAGAUGACAGGGGGAAGUUCAUCUCCAUCACCCCAGAGGAGCUGAGUGCUGUCGCCAACUUCAUCAAGCAGCGAGGGCGGGUAUCCAUCAGUGAGCUGGCCCAGGCUAGCAACUCCCUCAUCAACCUGACACCCGUGAUCCGCAACACCGCUUGACACCACAGAUACACACACACGCACACACACACACACACACACA